CGGAAUUAAAGUAUGACACCUAUCAGUGUAGAGCCUGAUUUCAAACACGGGCAACUCUGUAGUCCGCUUAACGUCAAUAGCAACAUAUAACUUUGGGGUUUCUUUUGUAAAGCAAUCUCCGGACCUUAGAUAAUGCAUCUGACGCAGGUUCUGAUUUAUUUGAGUUUUAUGGUUGCUUUCGGUCCAGUGGGUCUUGGUGAUCAAAUGGCGCACCAACAACCCCCAGCCACGGAUGACGGCGAGCAGUGCUCAACAUGCGAGUUCCGACAGCAAAUCAAAACCAUGAAGUUAAACGCCAUUAAGUCCCAAAUUCUUAGCAAACUCCGACUAAAAGAAGCUCCCAAUAUUAGCCGAGAUGUUGUCAAGCAGCUCCUGCCUAAAGCACCACCUUUGCAGCAACUUCUUGACCAGUACGAUGUACUUGGUGAUGACAAUAAAGAUGGAGUUAUGGAAGAAGAUGACGAACACGCCAUCACAGAAACAAUCAUGACGAUGGCCACUGAACCUGAUCCCAUCGUCCAAGUCGAUCGGAAACCCAAGUGUUGCUUUUUCUCCUUCAGUUCGAAGAUUCAGGCGAACCGCAUAGUUAGUGCGCAGCUAUGGGUGCACCUUUUGCCAGCUGACGAAGUCACCACCGUGUUUCUGCAAAUCUCCCGCCUGAUGCCUGUCACGGACGAGGGCAGGCACAUACGGAUCCGGUUUCUUAAAAUCGACGUGAAUGCAGGAGUCAGCUCUUGGCAAAGUAUCGACGUGAAACAAGUGUUGUCAGUGUGGCUACGGCAACCGGAGACGAAUUGGGGAAUCGAGAUUAAUGCCUUUGACUUGAAGGGAAAUGAUCUGGCUGUUACAUCAGCAGAAGCGGGAGAAGGACUGCAACCCUUUAUGGAAGUAAAGAUUUCCGAGAGCCCAAAGCGCUCCAGGAGAGACUCAGGCUUGGACUGUGACGAGAACUCCCCCGAGUCCCGCUGCUGCCGCUACCCACUCACGGUUGACUUUGAAGAUUUCGGCUGGGACUGGAUUAUUGCCCCCAAGCGCUACAAAGCCAACUACUGCUCUGGCGAGUGUGAGUACAUGCACCUGCAAAAGUACCCACACACUCAUCUGGUGAACAAGGCCAACCCCCGGGGCACCGCAGGGCCCUGCUGCACCCCCACCAAGAUGUCCCCCAUCAACAUGCUCUACUUUAACCGCAAAGAGCAAAUCAUCUAUGGCAAGAUUCCCUCCAUGGUGGUGGACCGCUGCGGCUGCUCGUGAACAAGAGCUCCGCGGAGGAGAGGCUCAAACAGGGUGUCCGCCCUGGAUAUUGGGACAGAUCCAUCAUCACUACCAGUGCUUUCUGCAGAACACGGUGCAAUAGGGCCAGAAUAGCGGCUAAAGAAACGCCUGUCCAUUCGCUGAGCAGCGCUUCCACCACGGACAUGCCUCGUUCUGUUGUUUUUUUUUUUUUUGUCUGUUUUCUUCUCUCCUCAAAAACACAUGUUCGCCGUCACCAUGGCCUAAAGUCACAUGGAUGUAGGAACAUGACGCCAGUUGGACUUGGGAGUGGACGUAGUAGCCUUAAUUACGACACAUUCUCCCACAGAACUUUGAUCUAAUGUUACAUGCUUUAUCCACGUAUUCAAACACACACACACACACGGACCUGUGUUCAAAUAGUAUUUGUUUUGUUUCAAUAGUUUGAGGGU